GAAAAAAUUAACGAAUAGUAGCUAUGAGCUCAGCAUUCUCAUUUGGUUUCAGCGGCGAUGAUAUUGACGAAAGUGAAAAUAAUGUUGAAGUGAAGGACAAGCGGCAACAUCUAGGCCAGCCUAGUCACCAAGCUUCUAGUGAAGAAGCAGCACCGGUACUUCAAGAGGCCACGAAGAUUGAACUAGAUGAUAUCCUUUCUUCACUGCCUUCUCAGAUCUCUUAUAAUACACUCCCAAUCUCGGACCCCACUUUAUGGUCAUAUCCCAUUCCCAUACCACGCCGCGAUGUGUUUGACAUCCGCGCGCAGCUGAUGGCUGAGGCCGACUCGGAAACAAACUCAAAUGAGACGUUGAUAGCGGGUUUAGAAGCCGGCGAUAUUACUCCGGCGGUGUAUGAAGGCGGAUUCAAGACAUGGGAGAGUGCGAUUGAUCUUGCCAGGACUGCAGCCGAGAGGCUUGGUCCCGCUUUUGAAGAUGAGGUUGACGAUUUGGACCUGAUAGAGCUAGGGGCCGGGACUGCAAUACCUUCUCUUCUUUUAUUACGAUUAUUCCUGCAAAGCUCGCCCAAGACUACCCAACAGACACGGAAAAUCAACUUCAUCUUAGCAGACUACAACGCCGCCGUCUUGAGUCUGGUUACUCUUCCUAACAUCCUUCUCACCUGGUAUACGUGCUGCAAGAAUCCCGAAGCGGAGUCAGAGUCUGAACUUCAGAUCGAUUCCGCCCUCCUUGACUCUUUUCGCCAUGACCUCUCAGCCCGCGGAAUAUCGCUCUCCUUCAUUUCAGGAGGCUGGUCACCUCGCUUUGUCGAUCUCAUAGCCCCCGAGUCGAACGCGAAGAGCCUAAAUAACACACACCAAACAUUCAUACUCGCCAGUGAAACGAUAUAUUCUCCCACCUACCUCCGGCCAUUCGCAGAGACGCUGACGGGGUUGUUGCGCAGAAGAACCAGACCCGUAUCCGGGCCUGCCCAAAACAAAGCGCGGACACGAGCUCUCGUUGCUGCGAAGAAGGUGUACUUCGGAGUUGGAGGAGGUGUGGAUGAAUUUCUAGAAACGCUGAAAGAAAUCGGUGGCGAGGACAUGCACACGCAAGAGGUGACCAUGGUUCUGGACCAAGGUGUGGUGAGGGUGGUGCUGGAGAUCACAGUUUAAAUCAAGAUAUUCUAGAUUUUCAGUAUGCGGCAUGUUGGAUUUUGGGCUGCAGGGACAGAGCUGUAUGCAGAGAGGCAUGUAUGUAUGGAUGUAUGUACAUACAUGGGCGGAACUUAAUGAUCCGCUGCCCCUUGUCUUCGUGCUGCUGGAAACCUAUAAGGAAUCUGCAAGUGGCAUGAUCUCUAGCGAUGCCCACCACACCUAGCACGCCAUGCAGGGAUUUUGUGCAGGAAUUUGAGUCACAAGUUUUGGCUUUGGCCCCUGCAAAAACCUGGUGCUGCGAACUAGACGGUAAAAGAAAAACGAAAGAUAUGACUGUGCAAUGCAGGUGUAGCACUUCCCCAAUGAGCUUCAGAAACCAGAAUAAAAUAUCCCUCGUCCAAACCCGAGGGUUAAGAGCACAAUAUAUACAGUAUAUGCAUCUAA